AUGGCGCGUGGCAAGAACGUGGAGCUCAGCGAGUAUGAGCGCAAGCGGCAGGAGAAUAUCGCGAAGACGCAGGCGUUGCUGCGAAAUUUGGAGAUGGAGGCUGCCGAAGCUGGUCUAGGUCCGACUGGAAAAUCAAGAGCGGCUGCAUCGUCGAAGCCAAGAGUCAAGAAGCCCGCGCCCAAGAAGAUCAAACAGGAGGACAUCGCGCCUAGGCGAACUUCGUCGCGUUUGAAAGGCAUUGAGGCAGACAGUGAGAAGGCGAAGCGCAAGGCUGAGGACGAAUAUGUUGCGAUCAAGGAGGCUGAUCGCGCAAAACGGCAACGCGUCAGCGACGCUUUCAACUUCAGUGAUAUUGUCGUUGCUGGCAAGGACUGGAAUCGAAGCGGAAACUUCUUGUCUAUUGGGCCCGCGAACCCGUACGAGCGAACAUUCGAUUUCGACGAUGUAAAAGAGACCACGGACAAAGAGCUAAGAGCGCUCAGGGAGAAGAUGAGCGGCUUACAGCUGUGGGAGGACUUUGAGCCCAACGAAAUCAAAAUCACACCGGAGCGCAUAUAUGCGAUGGGCAUGCAUCCGACAACAGAGAAACCACUUGUCUUCGCAGGUGACAAAUUAGGGAACCUAGGCAUAUGCGAUGCGUCGCAGAAAGUUGCGGAAGUAAAGCAAGAAGACGACGAAGACGCCGAUAACGAAGGUCCCACCAUCACCACCCUGAAACCUCACACACGCACAAUACAUACAUUCCAGUUUAGUCCGCAUGACUCAAAUGCACUCUACUCUGCGUCUUAUGACUCCUCAGUCCGGAAACUAGACCUAGCCAAAGGCGUGGCUGUCGAAGUCUACGGGCCAUCGGAUCCGAAUGAAGACCAGCCGUUGUCCGGUUUAGAAAUAUCCAAAGACGACGCAAAUACGCUUUAUUUCUCCACGCUCGACGGCAGAUUCGGAAUCUAUGACAUGCGCACACCUUCGGACCAAGCAGAGCUCUUUCAACUGUCCGAGAAGAAGAUUGGAGGCUUCAGCCUGCAUCCUCAGCAACCACAUCUCGUAGCCACCGCCUCUCUAGACCGCACUCUGAAGAUUUGGGACUUGCGAAAGAUUAGUGGGAAGGGUGAUUCGCGGCUCCCAGCACUUGUGGGCGAGCACGAGAGCAGACUGUCAGUUUCGCAUGCUGCGUGGAACUCUGCGGGCCAGGUAGCCACCGCAUCAUACGAUGAUACCAUCAAGAUCCACGAUUUCAGCAAAUCGGCAGAAUGGGCUACAGGUACUGCUUUGACUGAUGCUGAUAUGAAGCCAUCAGUCGUUGUGCCACAUAACAAUCAGACGGGCCGUUGGGUUACCAUAUUACGAGCGCAGUGGCAGCAAUUCCCUCAAGACGGCGUGCAGCGGUUCUGCAUCGGCAACAUGAACCGAUUUGUUGAUAUUUAUACCGCAAAGGGCCAGCAAUUGGCGCAACUGGGUGGGGAUGGCAUCACUGCGGUGCCAGCAGUUGCAAAGUUCCAUCCUACGCUGGAUUGGGUUGCUGCUGGCACUGCCAGUGGAAAGCUGUGCUUAUGGAUGUAG